AUUUUCCCAUUUCUGGUUUUGCUCAAACAAAUACCGCAAAAUCUCUUUCCUUCUUUCCAGAAAAAUUGUCUCUUCACUCUGUAGAUUUCGCACUGCAAAAGCUUGAACCCACGCCUUGUUUUCUGAACCUCGUUUUUCUUUCAUUUUUCAAGAAAAAGCUGAAAAGGUAGUUUGCCGCAUUCGUCCAUCCGCUCUACCUGACUGACACCUUUAAAUCCGAGUUUUUCGUUUCGAAUCUACCGAUUCUUGGAGUCCCAUUAAUGGGCUGUGCUGAUUUUUCUACAUAGAGUUGUUUCCUCUUUUUUUUUUUUUUAAGUUUCUGUUUAACUAUGUUUAGCUCAGAAGUAAUCUCACCGGACAUGAGGAGAAGCGGUGGCUUUCUCCACUCGGAUCCCAGAAAUCAGAGCAAUUUCAAGUAUGUUUCAGCUGUGGGGGAAUUCUCGAAGAGUAGAGAAUUCAUGGGCUCUGAGUUUUACCAGAAUCAGAAUCAGCACCACCAAAAUCAGGGUGGAUUAGCGCGAUAUCGAUCGGCUCCAAGUUCAUUUCUAGCGGCCCUUUUGGAUUCUACUACUGAUAAUAGCAGCAGCGGUGAUGAAUGUGAAGCUUUUUUCUCAGCCUUGAUGGACGGGCCUGGUGAUCCCAAUCAGAAGAAUAAUGAGAACCAGAUGCAGUUUUCCAUGAAGCAGGAAGUCGGGUCAGACCUGGAGGCGGAGCCCAGAUGUGGAGAAAAUGGGCAAGUGACCGGGUACGGGAGUGCGGUGAAUGGAGGUGGGGGUGCAGUUGUGGGAUCUUAUUCUGUCGGCAAUGGGAAUAAGAGUAAUUGCGCCAAUCUUGUCAGGCAAAGCAGCUCUCCUGCUGGAUUCUUUAAUGGAUUUGGUGUAAUGGGAGAGGUAGGAAACUACAGAGUCCACAAUCAUGCAGAAGCUGGUUCAUCAGCCGGUGGUUUGAGCAAUCACAUGAACUACUCAUCCUGUCCAUCUUCUAGCUCGAUGUUCAUGCCUAGUAUUCCAGAAACUGAUAACGAGAGCUUCGGCAGAAGUACCACUGAAAACGGCCGAUUGAGAAAUGGUAAUAGUGCUAGUUGCGGAGAAUACGAACCUGAGCCCUCCCUCCAUCAUGAUUCCUGGAACCAAGCUCCCUUCAACAACAGCUUGAAACGAGACCGAGAUGGCCAUCCGAAGAUGUAUUCCGAUUUCAGUGGAUUGGAAGAUCCGAAUGGAGAAACUAGAAAGAAGCCCCUUGGUUUAGUUCACCAUAUGAGCUUGCCAAGAACGACCUCAGAAAUGGCUGCUGGAGAAAAUUACCUACAAUUCGGACAAGACACGACAGCUCGAUGUCAAGUUCGAGCCAAGAGAGGCUGCGCCACUCAUCCAAGAAGUAUCGCCGAAAGGAUGAGAAGAACACGAAUUAGUGAGAAAAUGAAGAAAUUGCAAGAUCUUUUCCCGAAUAUGGAUAAGCAAACAAACACAGCUGAAAUGUUAGAGUUGGCAGUUGAGUACAUUAAAAACCUCCAGAAACAAGUCCAGACGCUAACAGACACAAGGGCAAAGUGCGUCUGUUCAAGCAAACUUCAACUAACAAGUCCUACCACAUAGUUGUUCCUGGAAAAGCUACUAGGAGUUCGGUAGACGAGACAAUUGCUCUAUAUAUACCUUUCGCCUAACAAGCUCAUUGCUUGCUUCCACCGAAAGUCGACACGUUUAGCAAGGCCCUUUAGCAAGAUAAGUCGUGAAAUUUUCUUGCAGAAAAGAUGGAAAGUAGCAGGUGUAAUCCGUAGUGUAUGAUCUAAAUCGAUUUAGUCAAUUAUGAAUAAAUUCGUGUAUAUAAGUGCUUAGUGUAAUGUCGGAUUGUUUUCAAGGUAAUACAAAAUUUAUUACCUCGAAAAUAUUGUAGAAGAUGGAAAUGGUAUUUGCCAAGCUCAGCAUCAUUACCAAAUUAUAUCUCUUCUUUUGGGGCCUUAUUGUGCUUAUAGUUAGACGUUUUGAAAGUCAAAUGUCCAGGUAAUCACAACUAUUUAUGUAAAUUCAUUUUAUAUGAGUCCCGCUAUACAAAAAAAGGCUGUGAUUGUCUCGUAGUUUGCAGUCCUAUAAUCUUUCAAGAACAACCCAUGCAGGUAAGAUCUUUAGCUACUACUGAUAAUUUACAUCUUGUAUGGUAAAUGUCUGUUAAUUGUCUGAAACAUGAUUAGAACAGUAAUUGAAGUCAUGUAUAUUGGUGUUGCUUGCAACAUCUGCUGCUGCCGAGAGCAAAACUGCUGUAGAGGAACUAUUUUGGCUGCAAGAAUGACAAAAGAAGACAACAAUAACUGGAACAAAUCUAAACAUGAUAAAUCAAACUAUUACAAUUUC